AUGCCGGUGUGGCAGAACGUCAACUUGAAGCAGAAGGCGAUUUUCGAGAUCAUCCAGCGAGAGGACACCGAGAACCUCCCCUACUAUUUGAACGACGAGGAGCUGGACUUCUUUGUGCGCGGGCUCGCUUGUGGCCCACAUGCGAAGACUUACCUGCCCCAGCUCGUGGAGCGGGACAAGCGCCCGAUCUACAUCGCGCGCGGGUAUGCUCCGCCAACCUACUCGAGAGUCGUGAAGCUUCGAUUCUAUGGCCCAGACCCGCUGAUGAAGGAUGGAGGGUCCAACUGGCCGGCAGGGCACGAAGGUGAGCUCCUGGAGUAUGUCGUCGGAUGGAGAUGGCUUUAUGCGUACUGGGACGGCCCCCUUGUGGAUGAGGUCCAUGAGGCAUGGAAAAUCCAGCAGUGGCCGGACAUCGCCCGGAUUGACUGGACCUGGGAAGGUCUACGCUUCGUAACGCCGCCGUACUGGGUGCCCGAGGAUGGGCGACCUUGGCGAAAAGCACGUAAAGGCAAGGGCAAAGGCGCCAAAGCACCUGGUGGAUAUGAUGUGGGAAACCUUGACAAUCAAAUCACUGGAAAGGCCAAAAGGGCCAGACUGGCAGUCAGACUGGCAUUGGGCAUGUACACUUUGGGGCGAAUUUUGGCGAACGUGGCUGUUUCUGGAGGCUUUUCGCUUGUCUCGCUUGACGGCAUUGCCAGGCCUCUCAUCACUGGAUUGGGACUCUGGUCCUUCCUGUACAAUGAACGUUUUUGUGCUGAAUGGCAGCAGCAUGUUUGGAGCUGGCGCCAGGUGCUUCUGCUGUCCGUGUUCCUAUUUGAUGAGAGUUGCUUUGCCCUGGGAACAGUCAAUUCUUUUUCCAUGCUCUUCCUUUGGCAGCUUGGCUCCAAUAUGAUCUACCUGUUUCUGACCAACCUCAUGCUGGAGUCAUUGGCGUGGGAUAGAGUGGCUCGAAUUGGCAAUCUAGCUCUGCCAGUGGUUGCGGCCGCGGGAGCUCUGGGCGCGACUCUCUGCGUUCUCGGUUCUAGAGGCAUAGCCAAUCUGACCGCGGUUGCUGCCUUAAACCUCUGCAUGUGGCUGGACUUGCUUAUUGCGCUACUGCAGCUUUCCUGCCUUGCAGUGGCAGCCACACAGGCUUUUCACAUUGCUGGGCGUCAGGAUGUUGAAGCCGUCAGACGGCGUGGUUGGCACAUAGUGUUCGUUCUUGUCUUGACCGCAGCCGGAUCAGUUGCAAGUCUUGGCGCCUUGAGCUGCUCACAGCAGAACAUGGUAUCCCUGCUUGCAAGUCACCACUGCUCCAUGACGAUGGUGACAGCUAGCAUUGGUCUUCUAAUCUGUAGAGCUGUGCUGCUCAGCGGAAUGGUAGGGCCGCAACUUCGGAUGCACACGACCACAGCCUUCGGAUCCAGAGUGUUUGGGCCCAGGGCAUGGGUCAGGCUCAUGGAAGCUUCGGAACUUCUUUCCCAGAUGUAUGGCUUCAAUGUCCAUUUGUCUCAUGAUGUCACGAGACUUAUUUCCUUCCAAGGGAGGAUAAAUCAUUCGGCCAGCGACUGCAUUGUUUCAUUUCCCGGCAUGUAUGCCAAGCUGUGGGAUGAAGCAGUCUCAGGUUGCUUUGAAGAGGACCUGCCCUCUGUGGCCUGCGUCUUCUUGACAGAUGGCGAAUUUGGAUUGGGCCAGCACUGUAAGAACCCAGAGCAGCCAGGCAGAUGUUGGUGUCAAGAAAUUUAUGGCAAGUUACCGGCAUACUUGUAUCUCGCGGUUCGAGACAUCACAGGCGAAUCAUUCGUCAAUGGCAACCUGUUAUCCGUCGCAAGGGCUCGUGCACAGGCCAUGGGUCAGCAUUUUCUCGUGAAACAGGCUGAUGGUGUAGAGUGGGAGCGCGAACUGCUAGCGGCCACUCAAGAUGCAGAAUGGCGAUGUGCGGCAAACAAUGCAAGAGCUCCUUGGGGUUGUCAAUGGUUCGAGGAAUGGCGGAAGAAUGUCCACAGGGCAGUGGAGCUCGGGCAGACCCUGCACGUAUUUUAUUUCGAAGGUAUGAAAGGGCAAGGCAAAAUGCAUUGGAACCAGCUGUGCAACGAGGGGGCCAAGGAAGAGUCUCGGAAGUGCAGUGGCCUUGGCGCUUCUCAGACGGCCGAAGUCGCCUACCUUGACAAGAUGGGCUUCUCUUACAUGGAGCACGACGUCUUGGAGCUCGAGGCGUUUUUGGCCACGGGCUUCUUCUUGACGAGCGCUUCCAAGCGAAUCGCUUUUCCUGGACGGAUCAGUGAACGCUCCAAGGACUGUGUGGUUUCGUUCCCUGGAAAAUAUAGUCAUGAGUGGGACGCAGCAGUCUCAGCAGCUAGCAAGCAACAAGACGACAUGUCGUUGGCCUGUGUCUUUCUGACGGACAGGGCCUCCGGUCUGGGAUUGCACGCCGAUAAUCCAGACACGCCAGGCAAGUGCUGGUGCCAUGCCAUUUAUGGUAGAAUGGCGGCGAAAGACUACGUCAGCAAGGUUGAUCUUAGCAAGGCCACGAGGGAAGAGCUGGAAUUCAAGACAGCUGAUGCCGAAGCUAUGGGGCUGUGUUUAGUUGUCAAGACCCAAGCUGACACAGAGUUGAAGUGGCGUGCGAAGGUGCAGAUGGCCACUCAAGAUGCAGAAUGGCGAUGUGCGGCAAACAAUGCAAGAGCUCCUUGGGGUUGUCAAUGGUUCGAGGAAUGGCGGAAGAAUGUCCACAGGGCAGUGGAGCUCGAGCAGACCCUGCACGUAUUUUAUUUCGAAGGUAUGAAAGGGCAAGGCAAAAUGCAUUGGAACCAGCUGUGCAACGAGGGGGCCAAGGAAGAGUCUCGGAAGUGCAGUGGCCUUGGCGCUUCUCAGACGGCCGAAGUCGCCUACCUUGACAAGAUGGGCUUCUCUUACAUUGAACAUGAUAUCACGGAGUUUGAGCCUAUGCUUCAGAGUGCAUUCGGCCGCUUCCAGGCUGCUGUGCGCCGUUCAAUACAUAGGCUUGCCAGCUUGCUGACGCAACCGAACCUUUUUGAGGAAUGA